AUGCAGACUGUGAACCUCUUAAAGGAUGAUAAUGAUGUUUAUAUAUUGACCAAAGUGUCAGAUAUUUUACACUCAAUAUUCAGUAGCUACAAGGAAAAGGUGUUACCAUGGUUUGAACAGCUCCUUCCAUUAAUCGUCAACCUAAUUUGUCCACAUAGACCAUGGCCAGACAGGCAGUGGGGGUUGUGCAUCUUUGAUGAUGUCAUAGAACACUGUAGUCCGGCCUCGUUUAAGUACGCAGAAUAUUUCUUAAGGCCAAUGCUCCAGUAUGUAUGUGACAACAGCCCAGAAGUCAGGCAAGCAGCCGCGUACGGCUUGGGAGUCAUGGCGCAGUAUGGAGGAGAUAACUACCGCCCUUUCUGUACAGAAGCUCUUCCACUGCUUGUUCGAGUUAUUCAGUCUGGAGAUUCUAAGACCAAAGAAAAUGUCAAUGCUACAGAGAACUGCAUCUCAGCAGUAGGGAAAAUUAUGAAGUUCAAGCCUAACUGUGUAAACGUUGAAGAAGUCCUGCCACACUGGUUGUCUUGGCUUCCACUACAUGAAGACAAAGAAGAAGCUGUUCAGACUUUCAGUUAUCUGUGUGACCUGAUUGAAAGUAAUCACCCAAUCGUUCUUGGCCCAAACAACACCAAUCUGCCCAAAAUAUUCAGUAUAAUUGCCGAAGGAGAAAUGCAUGAGGCCAUUAAACAUGAAGACCCUUGUGCCAAACGUCUGGCAAAUGUAGUUCGCCAGGUACAGACUUCUGGAGGAUUGUGGACUGAAUGCAUAUCACAGCUCAGUCCCGAGCAGCAGGCAGCCAUACAGGAGCUCCUGAACUCUGCUUGAAGGGCCUUAAUACCAUCCAUCAGAAAACUUAACUCCAAAUAAACAUUUACCCUUUUGUUUAGGUUUCUUUGUUUUAUUUUUGAGAAGAGAGCAGUAGUGUUGUGUGUAGGCCAUUCUUCUGGAGAGCCACGAACAGGAAGAGCAGUCCUGUGUAAAGAGUGGAGUUGCAGUGGGUUUCUUUCACACCACUGGCGGAGUUCCCCAUAGGCCCUGAAGUGUAGCACUGAAGAAUAUUUUUCUAUCAGGAUAUCCCACCCAUGUGAAGGGGGUGGAUUUUUCUCAUCAGACAAA